AUUCAACGAGUAUCGAAGCUCAGCCUACCAAGUGUUUGAUAAAAUGUGUGUGGUGGUGAUGAGGUUGCAAAUUGUCAGGAGAUGAAGAAAGGAGUGCACCCACAGAAGCAAUGGAUAUCUUAUGUUACACAAACGGGUAGAUUGAUGCAUGUCAUGAUGACAAAGAUACACCCAGUUGGUAAAGUCUACCACUUCCGAGCUAAGCGUCAAAUGGCCGAGAGUUUAGGGCAGAUUGCCAAGUUCAAACGUCGUUUCGGGUUAGAAAAUCAAGGCGGCAAUGAAAAAUGAACUGUUCAACUACUAGAGGGAAAUUUGGUUUUUUAUUUCAUGCUAGUUCGUGGAAAAUAACAAGACAAUUGGUGGUAUUCUGAAGCAGGUUUUUUUUGUAGCCUUCAAUAUAUCUAGUUAAACUGCAGAAAUGUUUCCUUCUUCAUUUCGUUCUAAGUGAUGUCCUUAGCAUUUGACCUUUGCUUGUGGGUUAUAUUAAAUACAAGUUGGGGUUCCUUGUUAGCACUUUUGGACACUAUUAACAUAUACAGAAAAAUUGAUGUUGGGGACUAGGAUACGUGAUGUUUAUGUUGAAAGAUCAAUAACUGCUUUAAAUUGAAUAAAUACAUCCAGUGAUUAUUUG